GAAGAGGAAGCGGAGGACCAGUCUGGAGGGAGCGGUGCGUUCUGCUCUGGAGGCGUACUUCAUCAAGUGCCCUAAACCAAAUACCCAGGAGAUUACACACAUAUCAGACGAUCUAGGUUUGGAGAGAGAUGUGGUUCGUGUUUGGUUCUGCAACCGGAGACAAAAAGGAAAGCGUUUGGCCUUGCCCCUAGAUGAGGAGGGUGACAUCCAGUACUAUGAGCAGAGUGCCUCUCCACUCAACCUGGCACAGUCUCCCAUUUCCAGUCAAGGUUACCCACCAUCUGGCUAUCCUGGAGCCCCUCCACCGCUCUACAUGCCUCAGCUUCACCGACCUGAUGUCAUGAAGCCAGGCCUGCACCCUGGACUGGUAGGUCACCUGACAGGAUGAUGCAUUGCAGUGACCUCCACCCGUUCACUUCAACCUGCUUUCAGCCACAACAC